ACACAAGGCUGGCUUUGUCCAUGGAUUCAUGCUGUUGACGAAGCAGAAACCCAUUCUUCAGUUUAAAUGCCAAGUGGUUAUGUAGCAUAAUAUUCAGUCAGAAAUUAACCAUCUUUCCAAGCAAGGCUGAAGGGGGCCGCGGAUUUCUCUGCAGAGUUUGAAUUAUCCACAUUGAUUUUCUUCAGUACCACUGCAGUAAAGCAGGGACAUGUAUAAAGUGAGGACAAGGGGUGGAAGCCCCCCUGAUAUGCUUGUGUUGUUGUAAUGCAGCAUAGUUUUGGUGACCUGGUGGCUCCGUUAGGGUGGAGGAAUGUUUGACACGCUGUAUGAGUGGUUCUGGUGGGACAAAAUUUGGCUGCCAGCAAACCUGACUUGGGAUGACCUGUUGGACAGGGAGGGCCGGGUCUAUGCCAAAGCCUCACAUCUCUACGUCACCGUCCCCUACGCCUUUGCCUUCUUAUUCAUCAGAUACCUGUUUGAAAGGUGGAUAGCAACACCCCUCGCAAUCUCCGCGGGGAUCAGGCAGAGAGUCCAUCUGAAAGCAGAGGACAACCCCAUUCUGGAACUAUACUACACUACUCAGUGUAGAAAUCCUGCUCAGGCAGACGUUGAUGGGCUGUCUAAGAAAAGCAGUUUGUCAGUGAGACAAGUUGAACGCUGGUUCAGAAGAAGACGCAGUCAGGACCGUCCUGGAGUCCUGAAGAAGUUCAGAGAGGCUAGUUGGAGGUUUGUCUUCUACCUGUCUGCGUUCAUUGGAGGAAUAGCAGCACUGUACGAUAAAGAAUGGUUUUAUGACACUCGGGAAGUAUGGACAGGUUUUCCAAAGCAGUCCAUGCUGGAGUCCCAGUACUGGUAUUAUAUCUUGGAGAUGAGUUUCUAUGGCUCUCUUCUCUUCAGCAUUGCCUUUGAUGUCAAGAGAAAGGACUUUAAGGAACAAAUCAUCCACCACUUGGCCACACUGGUCCUCUUAUCAUUUUCCUGGUGUGUCAACUACAUUCGUAUUGGAACACUAGUUAUGCUCAUCCAUGAUGCCUCUGAUGUGUUAAUGGAGUCUGCCAAAUUAUUCAACUAUGCCAAAUGGGAGAAAGCCUGCAAAACUCUUUUUGUUCUGUUUGCCAUUGUGUUUAUGGUAACACGACUGAUCAUCUUUCCAUUUUGGCUGAUCCACUGUACCUGGGUUUACCCCAUUCACCACUACCCCGCCUUCUUUGGCUACUAUUUCUUCAAUGUGAUGCUGGUGGUCCUCCUCUGUCUUCACAUAUUUUGGGCUUACCUCAUUCUCUGCAUGAUCAGGAAAUUCAUGUUUGGCAAUCUGACCAGAGAUGAGAGAAGUGAUAAUGAAGAGGAAGAGGAGGAAGAGAGCAGCUCAACAGAAGACGAAGUCGUAGGACAGCACAAGCUUGGCAAUGGAUUGGCAGUUGAUGAGAAGGGGGACAAGAACGGCUGCUUUGGAUGCUUGUCUCCGCCAGAGAACAUGUGCCAGUCAAAGACUGUGUACUGACUCAUGCUCAGUAUGAUCAGUGAAACUGUAAAUGACAGAAACAGAACAAUGCUAAAUACAUUUAAUCCAAUAUGGACUAAAAAAUAAGAAAAACGUGUGAUUUAUUCCUUCAGAUGGUAGAACAAAACCUAACCCAAAUAAGCCUUGCUGUUCUCACAGCAAUUUGACCUGCGCUUACAUAUAGGGAGAGAGACUUUGAGAUGUUUUUGGCUCUCUGUUCCUCCCCAGUGUUGUCAGUGGCAGCACUUCACUCGACAGCCCUGCAGGUCAAAAGAGACCAGUGAACCAAAUGAGCAAACCAAACACAAACCCCACUGUGUGCUCAUCAUCACAUCUAAUUUGUUCUGUGUUGUUUGUGAAGUGCAGAGCCAGUGUACUGUGAACCAUCCCCCCAGCUGCUUUGCCUCACCAAUUCAUCCAUCGAGGCCUGCUGGCUUUUAUAUCAACCCUCUGUCGGCUUGCACUGCUUAUUUACCGUAUGGUCAUAGGGAGAUGAAUGGGAACCAGAUCCUGUGUAUAUAUCCUGUUAGCUCCAAGUUCUUAUCAAGUACAGUGCGCCCAAAGACCCCAUUCUGGAAUAAUACUAAGUGACUGCAGGUUUUCUGUAUGUCAGUUAGUUUGUAGUGAUUUUAUUAAAUACAUCAUACACCAUGUGUAUAUAGUAAAAUAAUGUCUUAAAACUAGAUUUUGACAAAGGUCUCUGCGAGUCAGGGCCACAAGUUUAAGUAAUGAUACAGGACCUGGUUUGUUAUUUCCCCCCCAAAAUUGCAAAUAAUAUAUUACCAAAACCAUUGGACAUGCAUUGAUCCUGGGAGUUAUGGAGGCCCUGACAGUCUGGGAUUUUGGGGCAUUUGCCAGCUUUGCAUGUUUGGUAAUCCAUUUUUGGGCCCAUAGUUGUAGAAUGUGUUUUGCCUGGAUUCUCUGACUGGAAGAAUGGAGUCAUUUCAGAUGCUAACAAGGCAAUAGUUCAUCAUUUUUUCUAAUUUCUGGAACUACCAUUCAUUUGUAUGCUAAAUUCAAAAUAGACAUAAAAAGUGAUGGAAAGACACAUACUUCUUGAUAAUGUGUGCAAAAUAAUACCCUCUUUCAGGGCUUUAGUGUUGUUGAGUCUAACAAGUCGUCUUCUUCUUUCUUGAUUGGAGAAAAAAGUUUGCUUAUUUUACUUUGGUUUGGUGUCUAACACUAUAACUCUUUCCAUUUUCACAUAUGAUGAGCCAAAGUUAAUCCAGAAAUUCUGGGUUCCGUUGCAGAAGUAAGAAAACCUAUUUCAAAAUCUCAUUGAUAUUUGUAGCAAUGUUAAUAAAAAUCUAGCCCUGGAAUAGAGGCUUUCUUAACAGUAUGUCAUGGAGCUUGAAUCAAAUGUUUAGAUUAGGAUGGCAAUUUUUUGAAAAAUGAACUAAUAUUGUUGUUUAUUUAAUAUGUCUGGUUUUAUCAGUCUUUAAUGCAGAGGUGUUCAGUACAUGCACAAAUGAAUCAACAGACCUAAAACUGUACUGACUACUCUGAAUCAGAAUCAGUGCUGAACUAUGCGGCUGCCUGAAUGGUGAUGAGUUCACUUCCUGCUGUACAUACUGAAUUGUUUUUGUACAGCCUGAAGUCCUUUUGAACAGUGAUCCAUUCACUAACUGAUAGGCGCACUGGACUGCAUUUGAGCGAUGAUGCAUUCACUUGCUGAUGUAUGUACUGAUGUGCAUUUCAAUGAUGGCGCGACAAUUUAGAUUAGGAGAAAAAUGAACAAACAACAUAGUCACUGACCAGGAAUCUUUUAAUUGAAUUGAAUGAAGUGAUUUGAAGCAAAGCGAUUUGUGAUUUCCACCUGCACUUUAGCAUACACCAUUUCCCACAAGCUCUAGACCUUCUCAGAUUUAAUGUCACGGAUCGAAAGAGGAGGAGACAAAUUCAUGUGCCAGUUGAGUGUCUGCAGUUAGCCAACAACUAAAAAACUGGGAAAAAUUAAUGCAGAAGAGAGCUUUGAUGAUUUUUAUAGAUAUGGCAAAAAGCAAAUGGCCAAAACAAAAUUCCGAUGAAAUUGGUACUUACGCUUGUGAAUUUUCAUGAGAGUUGUAGUUUUUUCUGUGCACAAAAAUCAUUGUUUUAAAGAAAUGCUGAAUGAGAGAUUGCAGUGAGUUACAGAAUGUAGUGGAACAGAGGCUACAACAUUCAAAAUUGUUUUUUUUUGGAGUGUGACCACAGUCAUUCUAUAAGCUUAAACCACAUUUUUAUUAUUGUUUACAUUUUGAUGAAAGUCCCGUAACCUCAGUGAAGUAGUCACUUUAAACCAAAUGACAAUGUUUCCCUAACCCUAACAAAGUCUUUAUUUCAACCCAAACCAUGAUCCAUCCAUAAACCUAACCAAAUCCUAACUAUAGCCAGAGGUGUAGUGGUGUGUAUACACAGGUAUACAGCAUAUACCCACCUCUGGGAAGGCGGAUUUAGUGUAUACCUACUGAAAAAGAGCUAGCUAGUAAAAAAUGGCAAAGCACAUCUUGCAGACUACAAGCUACCAUGUUAAUAAAUAAAAUAACCUGUGAAGACCACAGCUUUCUCAGUUUUGGUCUGGGUUGUGUCUAAUGCAACAUGGCUAGGCCACACGGUAAGGAAUUGUCUGACCAAGUAGGAAACCAGAGGGUGAGACUUCUUAAAGAUGGGAGAGGGUACAAGAGAAUCAGCAAGCUACUGAAAAUAAAUGAAUAAAUAAUAAGCCAAAACCACUAACAGAAUGGUUUACGAGAUAUAACAAGAGCCAUACUACCAAUAACAGAAGGGACAGCAGGCGUCCUCAAAAAAUGGCAACAUGCAGAAUUCGAUAUUUACACAACCUUGCACUGAAAAACAGACAGGUAAGUGCUUCUGACGUGGCACAUGAAUUAUAUGUGGGAAUCAGUGUUUCAGUGAGUGAUCAGACAGUGCCAAGGACAUUGCAUGAAGUCAACCUAUACGGAUGGUGUCCAGGAACAAAAGAGGUGUAAGUAUCUAACACGUCACAAUGUAGUACAUUCAAACAAAAUUAUCAUCGUCAAAUUCCAAACAAAGCCAUUGUGAGUAAUGCCACUAAUAGCAUGAGCAGAUAAGGAAAUAUUUCAAGAUUUUGAUAAGUAAAUUCAAUAUGUACUAGCCAGGAGUGUCUAUCAAGUCUAUCAUUUAACCUAACAACGCCAG